UGUUGUUUUGUGACCCGGAAAUGGAAUGAAUUGUGUGCGCUCCGGAAGGACUCGUAAAGUACUGCUGCCUUGGAGACCGUCGGUUCAGCAGGCUCUUCAAAGGCGGCGGGGCCCGCUUGGUGGUGUCGCUACUGCCAUGUUUCUGACGGCGGCAACCUUUGCCAAGGCCAAAUCAAAGUAUAUUCUUGUGCGAAUGUUGAGUGAAGCAGGAACAAACUUUGCUUUCAACAUAAGACGAAAGCGGCUCCAAGACAAACUGGUCAUGCUGAGAUAUGAUCCGUUGGUAAAAGCUCGUGUCCUCUUCAGAGAGCAGAAAAAGAUCCGUUCUCUCUGACAAGUGGCCGGCAUGAUUUGAUUCAUACAUGAGGCAGACUCUGGAGGAAAUGCAAUUGGUGACACUGUAGUGUUCUCAAAAGCAGAGGAAAUGGACUGAGAUUGCUGCCUCCUGUGUUUUGAAGGCCAUUGUGAACAAGAACAAUGUGGAAAAAGAGAGUUAUUGGUGUCUGACCAUGGAUCAUCAUAAUCAACUACUUAUUUAUCUUCUGAGAGAUUUUUACAGCUCAAUUAAAAAAAAAAAACACCCAUUAAAAUAGCAAAUCCCA